UGCGCGCGGCCGAAUUUCUGCGGACAACAGGACUUCAAGAUGGCGUCUAUCGUGCCAUUGAAGGAGAAGAAGCUCAUGGAGGUUAAACUUAGAGAGCUGCCAAGCUGGAUAUUGAUGCGGGAUUUCACCCCCAGUGGUAUUGCAGGAGCCUUUCGGAGAGGCUAUGACCGGUAUUACAACAAGUACAUCAACGUUCGGAAAGGCAGCAUCUCAGGGAUUAACAUGGUGCUGGCAGCCUACGUGGUUUUCAGCUACUGCAUUUCUUACAAGGAACUCAAACACGAACGGCGACGCAAGUACCACUGAAGAGGGGUCACUGUGGAGAACACUGCAUGGCCGAGUGUAACCGCCUGGCCCGCUCCGAUCUGCUUAACCUUCACACCCCAACCAAGAACUAGUGUCCAAUAAAAGGUGACGGGACUGGUUCACGUA